AUGGCUGAAGUUAAGGAGCCCAAGCCCCAAUGCGGUGGUGGAAACAAAGCCGGCGACGAGUACGAUGUCGGGCUGCACGUCGCAGGCCUCUUUUUGGUCUUGGCCUUUUCGAUUUUUGGUGCCGGAUUUCCAGUGAUGGCCAAGAAAGUUAAGUGGUUGAAGGUCCCUCCCAAGGUCUUCUUCGCAUGCAAGCAUUUCGGCACCGGUGUGCUUAUUGCAACGGCGUUUGUUCAUCUUCUGCCAACCGCCUUUGGCAAUCUCAUGAACCCUUGCCUUCCGGACCUCUUCACUGACGAUUACCCGCCGCUCCCCGGAGCUAUCAUGAUGGCGUCCAUGUUCAUGCUGUUUACCAUCGAGAUGUGGAUCAACGCCAAGAUUGGAGGUCACUCCCACGGCGGUCCCACCGGAGAUGUGAUGCACUCGCAUGCUCAUGGCCCGGCGCCAGGCGCACCUCCCCGCCCCCCACGAUCCGGUCGCGACAGCUUCGACGCUGAGGCCGACAGCAUCGAUUUCGAGAAGAGAGUUGCACAGCGUGCAUACGACGACGAGAAAUCCCGCUUCCCCGCCUAUGGGCCGCAACCCGCAAACACUCUGUCCGACUCCGAUAUGCCUCCUUGGUUUGUCGUCUUCUACGAGCAAUAUGUGCGCCAGCGCAUGGAGAUGAUGAACAUGAUCCGCACCACCCAGGAGAAGCAAACUUCGUCGCAGGUCGCAGUGACGGAGGUAAAGCAGGAAGAAGAUCCUUUUUAUGAUGCAGAAGGUCAACAGGUUGACCCGGCUGUGUAUCGCAAGAUGUCUCUCAACAUUACCAUGCUUGAAGGUGGUAUCUUAUUCCACUCGGUGUUUGUUGGCAUGACCAUUUCCAUCACCAUUGACGGUUUCAUCAUUCUUCUCGUCGCUAUCCUGUUCCAUCAAAUGUUCGAGGGUCUUGGUUUGGGUUCCCGUAUUGCCGCCGUGCCGUACCCCAAGGGCAGCAUCCGCCCAUGGGUGUUGGUUGUAGCUUUUGGUACUACAGCCCCCAUUGGACAAGCCAUCGGACUGCUCACCAGAAGCUCCUACGAUCCCGAGAGUGCCUUCGGCCUCAUAAUCGUCGGUGUAUUCAACGCAAUUUCCUCUGGUCUGCUUCUUUACGCCGCCCUGGUCGACCUCUUGGCUGAGGAUUUCCUUUCCGAAGAGGCCAACCGUCUUCUCAGCAGCAAAGACAAGAUCACUGCCUUCUGCUACGUUCUUGCCGGAGCCGCUGGCAUGUCGGUUGUCGGCAUCUUCGCCUAA